AUGGAAGAGAUGGACUCCAAACCGUACCAGCCACUGUCAAAAGCCCGCCAUGAAAUGGAAAUGGCCUACACCAGCUCCUCAGAUGAGAGCGAGGACGGUCACCGCAGAGCCAAGUCCUACACCUCCAGAGAAACCCUACCAGACUACAGCCAAGAGCUCAGGCUGAACUACAGCAGUCACAGCAAGAGGCAGACUACUUUUAGUGACACAGCUCAAGAGAUGGACUUUGGGGGGAAGCCCCAGCAGCCCCAGAUGCUGAGCUCCAGCUACCAGGAGGAGCUGUGCACGGGGCCCCAGCUGGGCUACUCCCUGGGCAUGGGCUCCGACGUGGAGGAGGAGGAGGAGGAGGAGGAGGAGGAGGCCAUGGAGGGUGACCCGUCCCCCAGCCGCGCCCUCCACCUGUGGAUGCAGGAAGUGAAAUCAGAGCAGAGCUCCUGCCUCUCCAGCCGGGCCAACUCGGUCCUCUCCCUGACCGACACGGAGCAGGAGCGCAAGUCAGAUGCUGAGAAUGGAGACAACCCCGGCAGCCCAGCCACCACCACGCAGUUCACCUUCCGGCCCCUGCCCCCUCCGCCUCCGCCGCCCCACGCCUGCACCUGUGCCCGGCCGGCCGCCCCCUACGCCCACGUGACCCUCCAGCGCAGCACCAUGCCCGCCCAGGGCCACCACCACCACCACCACGCCAGGGAGCAGAGCCAGUCCACCGAGGCCUCCUCCGCCGUGGGCCAGAACGACGGCAGCUCGGCCCAGCUCAACCGCAACAACUGGGUGCUCAACAGCAACAUUCCCCUGGAGACGCGGCACUUCCUGUUCAAGCACGGCUCGGGCUCCUCGACCCUGCUGAGUGCAGCCAAUCAGAACUAUCCGCUGACGUCCAACACAGUGUACUCGCCACCCCCGCGCCCCCUGCCCCGGAGCACCUUCUCCCGGCCCAUGUUCACCUUCAACAAGCCCUACAAGUGCUGCAACUGGAAGUGCACGGCCCUCAGUGCCACGGCCAUCACCGUCACCCUCGCCCUGCUCCUCACCUACGUCAUCGCGGUGCACUUGUUCGGCCUGACCUGGCAGCUGCGGCCGGCUGACCCACAGCUGUAUGAGAACGGCUUGAGCAAGCUGAACCGGCCGCCCCAUGCCAGCGGUGCCACCCCCCUCCCCCCGCCCGAUGACCUGGGCCCGGACAAGACCGAAAGUGAGAUUUUCCAGCGCGGGCGUGCCAUAGAACGCGGCGAAGUGGACAUCGGAGUCCAGGUGUCCCAGGUCAUCCCCCCCAGCCUCUUCUGGCGGCUCCACCUGACCGUCCACCACCCCACCUACAUCAAGUUCAACCUGUCCCUCUCACGGGACGCCCUGCUGGGGGUGUACGGCAGGAGGAACCUCCCACCCACGCACACACAGUUUGACUUUGUCAAGUUGCUGGAUGGGAAGCAUCUCCUGAAGGUGGAGCCGAAGCCCCCGGAGAGUCUGGGAGCGGGAUCGAGCGGCGGCCCGCGGAGCCAGCAGCUGAGCGCCCUGCUGGAGACGGGCUUCAUCGAGUACAUGGACCCCGGCACCUGGCACCUGGCCCUCUACAACGACGGCAAGAAGAUGGAGACGGUGGUCAUCCUCAGCACAACCAUCGACACCAUGGACGGCUGUUCCAGCAGCUGUAAUGGGAAUGGAGAGUGUGUAGCCGGCCACUGCCAUUGCUUCCCUGGUUUCCUCGGGCCCAACUGUGAAAAAGACACGUGCCCUGUGCUGUGCAGUGGUAAUGGGGAGUAUGAGAAGGGCCGGUGCUCGUGCCACUCUGGCUGGAAGGGGCCCGAGUGCAGCAUCCAGGAGGACCAGUGCGUGGACCCCACCUGCUCCAACCACGGCCAGUGCGUGCAGGGCAUCUGCAUCUGCGUGCCCACCUACAAGGGCAACAACUGUGAGGAAGUGGACUGCCUGGACCCCCAGUGUGCGGCCCACGGCGUGUGUGUGCGUGGCGAGUGCCUGUGCUCCCCUGGCUGGGGUGGGCUCAGCUGUGAGAGCCCUCUGCCUGCGUGCCAGGAGCAGUGCUCCGGCCAUGGAACCUACCUGCCUGACACCGGAACUUGCACCUGCGAACCCAACUGGACCGGUGCCGACUGCUACAUCGAGCUGUGCCCAGUGGAGUGUGGCAGCCACGGUGUGUGCACGGAGGGCCGGUGCCAGUGCGAGGAGGGCUGGGAGGGCUUGGCAUGCGAGCAGCGGGCGUGCCACCCGCGGUGCCAGGAGCACGGGCAGUGCCGAGACGGCAAGUGCCACUGCCAGCCAGGCUGGGAGGGAGAACACUGCACCAUAGAUGGAUGCCCAGGGCUGUGUAAUGGGAACGGGCGCUGCACCCUGGAGCAGAGCGGCUGGCACUGUGUGUGCCAGGCUGGCUGGAGCGGCCCCGGCUGCAACGUCGUCACCGAGAGGGAGUGUGACGACAACACGGACAACGAUGGAGAUGGCCUGCUGGACUGUGUGGACCCGGACUGCUGUGAGGCCCUGGUGUGCAGUGCCAGUCCCCUGUGCCAGGGCUCCCCGGACCCCGGGGCCCUGCUGCAGUACGGCCAGCAGAGCCCCCCGCCCCCCUCCUCCGUGCCACACACCUUCUUCCAGCGCGUCCGCUUCCUCCUGGGCAAGACGGGCACACACACCCUUCACGGGGACAUCCCCUUCGACAGGAGUCAAGUGGCAGUUGUACGGGGACAAGUGGUGGCAGUGGAUGGGACACCUCUGGUUGGUGUGAACGUGACGUUCUUCCAGCAUCCUGAGUAUGGCUACACCAUCAGCCGGCAGGAUGGCAGUUUUGACCUAGUGACCGCGGGGGCCAUAUCGGUGACCCUGGUGUUCCAGAGGCCGCCCUUCCUGACUCAGCGCCGCACCGUCUGGCUGCCGUGGAACAGCUUCCUGGUUCUGGACCGAGUCGCCAUGGCGAGGGCAGAGAUCCAGUCCCCCACCUGUGACAUCACUGGCUUUGUCAGUCCGUACCCGGUGGUGCUGCCGUCGCCCCUCACCAGGUACACGGGAGAGUGUGCCACCCGAGGGCCGGUCAUCCCUGAAGUACAGGCUGUGCAGGAGGAGAUCCUGCUCCCAGGCAGCUUCGUGAAGCUCAGCUACCUCAGCACGCGCACGGCCGGCUACCAGUCUCUGCUGCGCAUCAUCCUGACCCACACCACGCUGCCUGCUGGCCUCAGCAAGGUGCACGUGUCCGCCGCCAUCGAGGGCCGCCUCUACCAGAAGUGGUACCCGGCCGCGCCCAGCCUCACCUACGUGCUCUCCUGGAACAAGACCGACAUCUACGGCCAGGAGGUCUGGGGGCUGACGGAGGCCAUCGUGUCGGUGGGCUACGAGUAUGACUCAUGUCCAGACUUCAUUCUGUGGGAGAAGAGGACGGCCCUAAUCCAGGGCUUUGAGAUGAUGGGCUCCAAUCUGGGCGGCUGGUCCCUGGACAAACACCACGUCCUUAACCUCCAGAGUGGCAUCCUGCACAAAGGCAACGGGGAGAACCUGUUCAUCUCCCAGCAGCCCCCGGUCAUCGGCACGGUGAUGGGCAACGGCUACUACCGCACCAUCCCCUGCACGGGCUGCAGUGGGCCUGCCCUCCAGAGCAAGCUCUUCGCCCCCGUGGCGCUGGCUUGCGGCUCCGAGGGCAGCAUCUACGUGGGGGACUUUAACUUCGUACGCCGCAUCCUGCCCAGCGGACACACGUACAACAUCCUGGAGCUUAAGAAUCGGGACACAAGGCACAGCACCAGUCCGGCCCACAAGUACUACCUGGCCAUGGACCCCAUGCAUGAGACCCUGUACCUGUCGGACACCAGCAGCAGGAAGGUGUACCGGCUGAAGAGCCUGACGGAGCCGCGCGACCCGGUCCGCAACAUGGAGGUGGUGGCGGGCACCGGCGACCAGUGCCUCCACUUCGACCAGAGCCACUGUGGAGAAGGAGGCAAGGCCAUCGCCGCCUCCCUCAACAACCCCAGAGGCGUUGCGGUGGACAAGCGAGGGUUUGUGUACUUUGUGGAUGGGACCAGCAUCAAGAGGAUCAGUGACCGGGGAGUGCUCACCACCGUCAUCGGCUCCAGUGGCCUCAUGGCCGCCCAGCCCCUCAGCUGUGACGCACGCAUGGACAUCGCACAGGUGCGAUUGGAGUGGCCGACAGACCUGGCCGUAAACCCCAUGGACAACUCCCUCUACAUCCUAGACAACAACAUCGUCCUCCAGGUGUCUCAGAGCCUACAGGUGCGCAUCGUGGCGGGCCGGCCUAUUCAUUGCCAGGUGCCGGGCAUCGACCACUACCUGGUCAGCAAGUCGGCCGUCCACUCCACCCUGGAGGCGGCCAAGGCCAUCGCCGUGUCCCACUACGGCGUGCUCUACAUCGCCGAGACGGACGAGCGCAAGAUCAACCGCGUGCAGCAGGUCACCACCAACGGGGAGAUCUCCGUGGUGGCCGGAGCGCCCGCCGACUGCGACUGCAAGAUCGACCCCAACUGCGAGUGCUUCUCAGGUGACGGAGGCUACGCGCGAGACGGCCGACUCGAGGCCCCCUCGGCCCUGGCCGUGUCCCCCAACGGCACGCUCUACAUCGCCGACCUGGGCAACAUCCGCAUCCGCAGCGUGAGCCCCAACCGCCCGCGGCCCUCCGGCGCCCCCGCCACCCCCGGCGGCCUCUACGAGGUGCCCUCCCUGGCCGACAAGGAGCUGUACGUCUUCAGCGCCAACGGCACGCACCUGCACACGCGCCACCUCAUCACCGGCGACUUCCUCUUCAACUUCACCUACGACUCCAGCGAGGGCCGCCUCGGCGCCAUCGUCAGCGGCAACGGGCAGGCCGUGCAGGUGCGGCGAGAGGCGGGCAGCGGUCGAGGGGAUUCCACUGGUGGUACGGGGAGCGGUGGGGGUGGCUCCCCCUUGUGGCUGGCGGUGCCCACUGGGCAGGUGUUCUGGCUGAGCAUCAGCAUGGCGGGCGGCCGGGCGCUGAAGAGGGUGUCGGCGCAGGGCCACGACGUGGCGCAUCUCUCCUACCACGGUGGCACCGGUCUCCUGGCAACCAAGAGCAACGAGAACGGCUGGACCACAGUCUAUGAGUACAACAGCGAAGGCCACGUGAUCAACGUCACCUUCCCCACGGGCGAGGUCACCAGUUACCAUGGCAGCAUGGAGAAGUCCGUCCGCGUGGAGGUGGACAGCUCCACCUCAGAGAACUUCGUCACGGCAACCAACUUCUCCGCCGCUGACACCAUAUUCACAUUCCGUCAAGACCACGCUCAGAACAGCUACCGCGUGAGUGCGGACGGCUCUCUGCAGGUGACGCUGGCCAGUGGGAUGGAGGUGGCCCUGAGCACGGAGCCCCACGUGGCGGGCGGCCUGGUCAGCCCGGCGUACGGCCGCUGCAACAUCUCCCUGCCCAGCGAGCACAGCCCCAGCCUCAUCGAGUGGCGCCAGCGCCGAGACCAGGCCCGCACCAACUACUCCACCUACGAGAGGAGGCUACGGGCCCACAACAGAAACCUCCUGUCCAUCGACUUCGACCCGGUCACGCGCAUGGGCAAGAUCUACGACGACCACCGCAAGUUCACCCUGCGCAUCCUGUACGACCCCCAGGGCCGGCCCAUCCUCUGGUCGCCCAGCAGCAAGUACAACGAGGUCAACGCCUCCUACUCCCCCGCCGGACAGCUGACGCACAUCCACCGCGGCAACUGGUCCGAGAAGCUGGAGUACGACGGCAGCAAGCUGGUGUCCCGCACCUGGGUCAACGGCAAGAUCUGGACGUACUCCUACGUGGAGAAGUCCAUCAUGCUGCUGCUGCACAGCCAGCGCCGCUACAUCUUCGAGUACGACCAGACGGACCAGCUGCUGUCGGUGACCAUGCCCAGCAUGGUGCGCCACAGCCUGCAGUCCAUGCUGUCGGUGGGCUACUACCGCAACAUCUACAGCGCCCCCGACAGCCGGGCCGGAUCCGUCAUGCAGGACUACGCCACGGAUGGGCGGUUGCUGCAGACUCUGUACCUGGGCACGGGCCGCCGCACGCUGUACCGCUACACCAAGCAGGCACGGCUGGCCGAGAUCCUCUACGACACAACACUCGUCACCUUCACCCACAACGACUCGUCCGGCGUGGUCAAGACCGUCCACCUCACGCAGGAGGGAUUCGUCUGCACCAUCCGCUACAGGCAGAUAGGUCCCCUGGUGGGCCGUCAGAUCUUCAAGUUUAGCGAAGAAGGCCUGGUGAACGCUCGCUUCGACUACAGCUACAACAACUUCCGCGUCACCAGCAUGCAGGCCACCAUCAACGAGACGCCGCUGCCCAUCGACCUCUACCGCUACGUGGACGUGUCGGGCCGCGUGGAGCAGUUCGGCAAGUUCAGCGUCAUCCACUACGAUCUCAACCAGGUGAUCACCACGCACGCCAUGAAGCACACCAAGAUCUUCAGCUCCUACGGCCAGGUGGUGGAGGUGCAGUACGAGAUCCUCAAGUCCAUCGCCUACUGGAUGACGGUGCAGCACGACGCCUGGGGCCGCGUGGUCACGCUGGACAUCCGCGUGGGCGCCGACGGCAACGUGACGCGCCGCUCCUACGAGUACGACGCCGACAGCCAGCUGCAGACGGUGCUGGUGAACGAGCGGCCGCAGUGGCGCUACAGCUACGACCUGAACGGCAACAUCAACCUGCUGAGCCAGGGCGCUAGCGCGCGCCUCACGCCCAUACGCUACGACCUGCGCGACCGCAUCACGCGCCUCGGGGACAUCCAGUACCGCGUGGACGAGGACGGCUUCUUGCGAGCGCGCGGCGGGGACAUCUUCGAGUACAACUCCAACGGGCUGCUGAGGCGUGUCUAUAACCGCGCCACAGAGCGCUCCGUGGCGUACCGCUACGACGGGCUUAGUCGGCGUGUCUCUAGUCGAUCCAGUGACGGCACGCACCUGCAGUUCUUCUACGCCGACCUGUCGGACCCCACGCGCGUCACACACAUGUACAACCACACCAGUGCCCAGAUCACCUCGCUCUACUACGACCUGCAGGGCCACAUCAUCGCCAUGGAGAUCAGCAGUGGUGACGAGUACUACGUGGCGUGCGACAACACCGGCACACCACGCGCCAUCUUCAACAGCCACGGAAAGGUGGUGAAAGAGCUGCUCUACACGCCAUAUGGAGACAUCUACCAUGACUCCAACCCCUCCUUCCAGCUGGUGGUGGGCUUCCACGGAGGCUUGUACGACGCCCAGACCAAGCUAGUACACUUCGGGAGGCGGGACUACGAUGUGGUGGCCGGCCGUUGGACCACGCCCAACUACGACGUGUGGGGGGAGCUCAGUCGCAACCCCAAGCCCUUCAACCUCUACGCCUUCAAGAACAACUGCCCUGUCGGCAACAUCGAGGAGGUCUCCCAGUUCGCCACAGAUAUUGGCAGGUGGCUACAACUCUUUGGCUUCCAACUCCAUAACGUGGUGCCGGGUUUCCCCAAGCCAGACGGCGGCAACAUGGAGCAGACUUACGAACUGAGCAAGAUGCAAACCAAAACCCAGGACUGGGAUGCCAGCAAGGUGGUUCUGGGUAUCCAGUGUGAGCUCCAGAGGCAGCUGCGUAACUUCAUCUCUCUUGACCGUCUGCCCAUGACGCCCCCCUUUGGUACGGUGGAGCAGUGCGCCACAGCCCCCCCCCCCCCACCCAGCGGGCCCAGCACCCCCACCGCCCCCCGCUUCUCAGCACUGCCCUCCAUCUUUGGCAAGGGUGUGCGCUUUGCCAUCCUGCACGGCCUGGUGGUGGCCGAGAUCGUGGGCGUGGCGAGCGAGGACAGCCGGCGCGUGGCCUCCAUCCUGAACGGCGCCAUGUACCUGGCCGGCCUGCGCUUCACCGUGGACGGCCGCGACACGCAUCACUUCCUGAAGCCCGGCGCCGUGGAGGACGACCUGGCCACGCUGGGCGGCCUGAGCGGCGGACGCGUCCUGGAGAACGGCGUCAACGUCACCGUGUCGCAGAUGACCGCCUCGGUCGCCGGACGCAGCCGGCGCUUCGCGGACAUCCAGCUGCGGCACGGCGCGCUGUGUCUCAGCGUCCGCUACGGGGCCACUCCGGACGAGGCGCGGCAGCAGCUGCUGGAGGCGGCCAGGGAGAGGGCCGUGGAGGAGGCCUGGGCCAGGGAGAGGCAGCUGCUGCUCGCCGGGGAGGAGGGCAGCCGAACCUGGAGCGAGGGCGAGCGGGAGCAGCUGACCAGCACGGGCAGGGUGGCCGGCUACGACGGAUACUUUGUGCUGUCGGUGGAGCAGUACCUGGAGCUGGCCGACAGCGCCAAUAACAUCCGCUUCAUGAGGCAGAGCGAGGUGGUGGGACGCAGGUAACAGCCAGUUCCACCCCCCUCCCCACUGCGCCACACAACAGCGGUGAUGUGACGGCACGGAGAAGAGAAACACCUGUGUCUUUUUUUGUUGUUUGUUUUUGUUUUUUGGUCCCUUUUUUCUUUUUUUUUUGGGUCUGAUUUUCAGUAUUUUUGGCCUGUUUCGUUUUUCUCUUUCAACCCCUUUCCUCCUCACCAAAGACUGCCUGUUUUUAGACAAUUGAGGAAUUUAUUGAACAUUUUUUAUGAAAAAGAACUAAGAGAAAAAGCUACAAAAAUAAAAGAAAGAAAAUAAAUGUACUUUAAAAAAUGAAGGAAGAUUCAGGGGAGUGGAAUCCCAACUGCCUUUAAUCGUGACAAAAUGAUGGUAUUUUAUUAUUGUUCAAGGUGGAGUUUCUAACGUGGCACAAAAGCAUUUUUUUCUGCUGUGGCUUAGCUUUCUAUAUGGAAGUGCGCUAUUUAUUUAUUUAUUGAUUGAUUUGUCUUGAUUUAUCCAUUUAUUUAUUUGUUUACAUUCUUCAACACGUGAUGCUUGAACGUGGACAGCCUCUGAAAGAUUGGACAUUGAAAGAUGCAAAUCUAAGCUGUGAGACGUGUUUCAUUUGGAUCACAGACGUCCAAGACGGACAAUUUUCGUUUCGGGUUGCUCGGUAGACCACCUCAAGAAUUAUAGUUUACAUAAUGUGCAAGGGAGGCCUUGUUCAGUGACUCAUAUUCGUACAUACAAAAGCUCUAGAGUAAACAGACUUUAAUUUAAA